GUGUUGUGUUUUCAGCUGUCGCGCGCGCGCGUGUGUGAGUGUGAGUGUGUGUGUGUGUUUGUUUCACCGAUGGAGUCGAACAGUGUGGCGUACGGAGCCUCUCUCGCAGGAGCGGGAUUCGAUCACAUCAAAUUCAUCAAACAGCCUCAAACUAUCAUACGAGUCCUCAGCUGGGUGUUUUCCAUUGUGGUGUUUGCCUCCAUAACCGCUGAAGGUUACGUGAACGUCUCGACGGAACCCGACGUGAAGUGUGUCUUCAACGGGAACGACGGAGUGUGUCGUUACGGUGUGGGAAUCGGCGUCAUCGGAUUCCUGGAGUGUAUAGGCUUCCUAUUGGCUGAUGCUCUCCUGCCGUCCAUGAGCAGCGCUCAGGAGCGCAAGUACGUCGUGCUGGCGGAUCUGGGCUUCUCAGGUGCCUGGACUUUCCUGUGGUUUGUGUGUUUCUGUCUCACGGCCGAUCAGUGGACGAAGACCCUCGACACGAGCGGCAUCCCUACAGACGGUGCCCACGCCGUCAUCGCCUUCUCCUUCUUCUCCAUCGCGUCCUGGGGAGCGUUGACUUACUUCGCUCUGGUGAGGUUCCGUCAGGGCGUUGGAGACGUGAGCCGGAGUUACGCCGAUCCGCCAACUGACAUCACUUCCCCUUAUGCUCCGCCCACUGACAUCACUUCCCCUUAUGCUCCGCCCACUUACCCGUCCUUCCAGAACACCGGGCCAGACGUGUACCAGCAGCCGCCAUUCAUCCCGAACCCCGACCCGUCCGACCAGAACCGGUACCAGCCGCCCGUCUACUGACAAGCCCCGC